AUGACUCCCAAUCUCAUGUUCGCCACGUCCAUCAUCAUCUACCUGUCGUCCUUCAUGGGCAUGCUGGGCAACUUGAUCGUCCUGUUUGCCUUCAUCAGCAACGCCAUCCGGCACAGGUCGCUCCAGCCGCUGGACCGCAUCAUCGUCAACAUGGCUCUGGUGAACCUCUUCCUCUGCUGCUACAAGGCCAUUCCUGGGCUCCUCAUCGUGAGCAGCACCAAUGUUUUUGGUGAGCUGGGCUGCAGGAUCCUGCUGUAUACGUACCACACUUUGAGACUGAUCAGCAUCUGGUCCGUAGAGAACCUGAGCUUCCUCCACCUGAUCAAGAUCCGAAGGCCCAACCACCAAUGGUCAAAAUUCAUCUACAGGCACCAAGGGGAAUACGUCAACAUCACCCUCGCGGGCUGCUGGGUAUUCAGUAUCGUCUUGCAGAUCCCUUACAUGCUGUACGAGAAGACGGCUGAUGGGAGGAACAAGACGAUAGCUUUCCUGGCCACCUCCACGUGCUUGAGAUCCACGGAGAGCUUCGCCAUGAAGUUCACCACAUAUGCCUCGGUCAGCUUGGACUUCGUCUUCAUCAUUCUGGUCGUCAUCCUCAACGGCUUCAUCAUUGACCUCCUCUGGAAGCACAGCCGGAAAGUGAAGGCCGCUUCCGCGGUCACCAACAGUGGCUGGAACAAACACACGGCCCAGGCCACGAAAGUCUUGCUCUCACUUCUCUCCAUCUACGUGGUCUGCUGGAUCUCCAACGACGUCGUGUGGAUUGCCAUUGCCUCGGGGUACAUCAAGAACAGCUUUGAAAACAGCAUCCUCAACGCUCUCUACAGCAUCCUGUCUUCCGUUUAUUACUCAACCAGUUCAUUCGUUGUGGUGCUGGGUUAUAGAAAAGUCCGGGAGUACCUGAUGGAAGCCUGCUGGUGCUUGAGGUGUGAGAGACCCACCAUGGUUCAGAGAAUGACCUAG